AUGGAAUGAAACGUCAAAACAAAUUGUUUCGCAAUCAGUUUGUAGAGCCGGUGAUUCAAGUUCGAGGGUAUCAGUGGUAUCAAGUUUUAUUAGUUUUGUUAGUUUUAUUGCACUGCAAAUUAAUUCUGAUCUCAUCCCUCAAACUUUCGGGGAUUUUCUGUAAUAUUAAUAUUGUCGAGAAGUGGCGUAAAACAUUUUAUUUGAAGUGCAUUUCCAUUCCAAAAUCAUGCUGAAUUACCUCCGGUUAGCAACUCCUCACGUUCGUGCCACCGUGAAUUCGUCUAGUCCCGUUUGGAAAAAUCUAACUGCAUGUCGAUCGUUUGUGACCGGAAAUGCAUUUGGCCGUAGUCCGAACCUUCUUCAGAAUGUUAAAAAGGCAAAUAUCACUACACCGGGUCGCAUUCUGCGCACAUCGCUGACACGGUACUGCACUAAACCCGACGUCACAGAAAAGGGUCGCAAAGCAGUUGGUUAUUGGCUGCUCGGAUGCAGUGGAAUGGUCUUCGUAGCCGUCGUAUUAGGUGGUGUGACACGACUCACUGAAUCGGGGUUGUCAAUGGUCACGUGGAAAUUGUUGGGCGAAAAAAUGCCUCGAUCUCAACAGGAAUGGCAGGAGGAAUUCGAGCGUUAUCAGCAAUUUCCAGAAUUUAAAAUCAAGAACAAAGACAUGACUCUUAGUGAAUUCAAAAUGAUUUGGUUCAUGGAGUAUGGCCAUCGCAUGUGGGGUCGUCUUAUCGGUGCAUUUUACGCAAUUCCGGCAGUGUAUUUCUGGUCCAGGGGUUAUCUGGAUCGGGGAAUGAAAAUUCGUACCGUUGCAUUUGGAGCUCUCAUAGCCGCUCAAGGACUGAUGGGAUGGUAUAUGGUCAAGUCAGGUUUGGAGGAUCGAUUCCAACAUGAAAGCGAUGUUCCACGAGUUUCCCAGUAUCGACUUGCCUCUCAUCUGGGAUUCGCAUUUGUUCUGUACACUUUAUUCCUAUGGUCCGCCUUGGAUAAACUCUUGCCGGCUCAGAAGCUGUUGGGUCAGAUUCCUGCCGCAACAUUCAAGUUCAAGGGACUUGCACAUGCAACGAAAGCAGCAGUAUUCAUUACGGCCAUGUCCGGUGCACUGGUGGCCGGCCUGGAUGCCGGUCUAGUCUACAACUCGUUCCCUAAAAUGGCAGAUCGAUGGAUUCCAAGCGAUAUCCUUGCCAUGUCCCCGACAUUGCGCAACUUUACAGAGAAUCCCACCACCGUUCAGUUUGAUCAUCGCGUUCUGGGCACGGCGACACUGACGUUGAUUACCGGAGUGUUUAUGCUGUCAAGACGACGAGUUCUGCCACCGAGGGCGUACACGGCAGCCACCGCCGUAGCAGCUAUGGGAUGGUUACAGGUUCUUUUGGGUAUUACAACAUUGCUGACGUACGUGCCAGUUCCGCUAGCCGCGAGUCAUCAAUCGGGUUCGCUGCUUUUGUUGUCGUUUGCAAUUUGGUUGACGCAUGAAAUGAAAAUGGUCAAGCGGUUACCGAAGUAGUAUGGUAAGUGUAAUAAGAUACUCAUUGUAGUAUAAUUUAUGAUAUAGAAACAACUAGUUUUCAAUAGAAAGAAA